AUCUCGCAAAGGCAGUAUGUAUCAAAGGAUAGUGCAAGAGUAUAACACAACCCCUAACCCCCAAAAGAAAAAGAACAAAAAUUCAAAUCAGAUUGGUUUACAAAUCGAUUAAUUACUCAAAUUCGAAUCCAAUUCCGAAUUCCAUCUCCUCUUGUUGCUUGUUCAGAGAUCGCUGUUCUGCUGUUACAGGUCGUUCUCGAAGGGACAACAACGUCUUUGCGCGACAUGUCUGAGGAGCGAGCAGUGCAUCCCGAUUGUCGGAAUGCGAGUAAUCCUUUCCAUGAAUGUAGUGAUUACUGCUUUAGAGUGAUAGCUGAAACCAAAAUUAGGGUUCAGCAACAGGAAUCAGAAGUUGCAGAAGCUAGUGGUGGAAGUGGCAGUAAGCAAGCCAUCCCUGAUGAAUCAUAUCCCGAUGAGGAAAUACAUGAUGAUGACAAACCCAAUCUUGAAGAAAACUCUGAUAGUGAUUCUGAACAGCUGGCUGCAGAUCAAGUGGAGGGAGGCUACCCAAAACUAUCUGCAAGACAGAAAAAGUGGAUGGAGUUGAGAGCCAAGAUGCAAGAAGCAAAAAAGCGUAAUCAAAUUGAAAUAGCUGCUGAGAAAAAGAGAAUGGAAGCUCCAACAGAGUCUAGGGGUGUUUCUAAACAGAAGUGGCUUGAGGACAGGAAGAAAAAAAUUGGAAAACUUCUUGAUGCAAAUGGAUUGGAUUUGUCAAAGGCUUAUAUGCUUGACACACAAGAGGCAGCAGAAGAGAAAUACAAGAAAUGGGAGAAAGAUCCUGCUCCAUUUGGGUGGGAUGUUUUUAAUCAGAAGACAUUAUACAAUGCAUAUAAAAAGCGGACCAAGAACAUUGAGGUUGAUGUAGAUGAAUACACUAGAAUGAAAGAAGCUGAUCCAGAGUUCUACCGUGAAGCUUCAAGUCUCCAGUAUGGAAAGGCACCAAAAAUCUCAGAGGAGAAGAUUGACAGGAUGGUGCAGGAGCUAAAGGAUAGGGAGGAGAAACGCAAGUCAUUUAGCAGGAGAAGACGAUUUCAUGAAGAGAAAGAUAUUGACUCAAUCAAUGACCGUAAUGAGCAUUUCAACAAGAAGAUUGAGCGAGCCUUUGGUAAAUACACCCUGGAGAUUAAAAAUAAUCUUGAGCGCGGAACAGCAUUGCCCGACUGAGGUACCUGCUUUUGCAGUGAUGUUUUAUUAUUGUCAUAUUGUUCUAAUACUGAUAUAUUUCAAUGAUAGAUUGCAUUUUUAAAGUGCCUUUUGACUAUGUAACAUUAUAGAGUGGACUAAUAUUUUGCAAUGUUGAUUCAUUUUGAACUUCAAAUACUAAAUGCUUGCUUUGUACAUGGGUUCUUAAUAGCACUCUUUCCAAUCUUUCCACUUUUAUUUGUAUGACUAGAUAUU